AUGGAGAGUUCGGAGGAAACGCUAGAGGAGCGGAGGCAGCUGGCUGCAGCUUGCUUUAAAGCUUUUCUCUUAAAAAACAGCACAAAAACAAACCUCAACCUCUACGACCAUUUGGUUCGCCUGCUCACCAGAGUGAUGGAUGAGCGUCCGGAGAACACGGUGGACGUGAUUGAAGAUCUAAGCCGCGAGAUAAAACGCAGCAUGCUUCAGGAGACGCAGAGCACGGUGCGAGAUUCCCCGUCCACAUCCUCAUCUGAGCUGCUGGCCGAGCAACAGAGACCGCUGUUUAACCGCGGUGAAGAGGAGGAACACGAAGAGAUGGAGACACCCCUGCCCAAUAUGACUGAGCUGACGUUCUUCCUGGAGCAGAUUGGGGUUGGUCUGGGUCGGGAGGAGAUGCAAAGGAUCCUCCUGGCCCUGAAGCAGCUGGUGGACAGUCAGCCCCUGCAACGCUGCCGAUUCUGGGGUAAAAUCCUUGGUAUUGAGUGGAACUAUAUAGUGGCUGAAGUGGAAUACAGGGAUGGUGAGGAAGAGGAGGACGAGGCAGAGCAGGAAACACAGGAAGACGAGGAGAAAGAGGGCGAGGAGGAGCUGGAUCCACUCCCCAAAUCAAGCUACAAGCCACCCAGCCCAGUCCCUAAUGAGUCUCGGCGUACCGGCACCAACAAGUUCACAUACUUUGUGUGCAGAGAGCCAGGCCUGCCCUGGGUCCGUCUUCCUGAAGUUACACCUGCUCAGAUUACAGUUGCACGACAAAUCCGCAAGUUCUUCACCGGGCGCCUGGACGCUCCCGUCGUGAGCUACCCGCCCUUCCCAGGCAACGAAGCCAACUACCUGCGCACCCAGAUAGCCCGCAUCUCAGCAGGUACGCAGGUCAGUCCACUGGGAUUCUAUCAGUUCAGAGAGGAGGAGGGGGAAGAAGAGGAGGAAGGAGCAAGAGACAGCGUCGAGGACAACACUGAAUUUGAGGGAAUCCCCAUGCACGAGAUGGCAGAGUCACUGUCGGCGUGGGUCCACCACAUACAGCACAUUCUCAAGCAGGGUCGUUGUACGUGGGUCAAUAUGGCCGAAAAGCCAGAGAGGGAGGAAGAAGACGCAGAGGAAGAGGAGAAGGAGGAAGAGCCUGACGAGCCAGAGCCAGAGAUUGGACCGCCGCUUCUCACGCCAUUGUCUGAGGAUGCAGAGGUUAAUAACACUCCUCCUUGGAGUACCAGGAUCUCUUCACACUUAAUUCCUCAGUACGCCAUUGCUUUUGUGCGCUCCAACCUGUGGCCUGGAGCCUACGCAUACGCCUGUGGAAAGAAGUUUGAGAACAUCUACAUUGGCUGGGGGAUGAAAUUCUUGGGCGAGAGCUUUAGCCCGGUUGUACUUCCUCCACCACAGCUUGAGUACCCAAGUGGCCCUGAGGUCACUGAGGCGCUGGACCCCACUCUGCAGGAGGAGCAGGCUCUCAAAGAAGCACAAGAGGAGCAGCAGGCCGCGCUGGAGGGCAACUACGCGUUGGAUGCUGCGGAAGAGGAUGAAGAGGAUGAAGAGGAAAAUUAAAUGAGACAUACCUUAUGGAUAAACAUUCCUUCCUGAUUUUUUUUUUAUACACCUCUGACGAACACUUGAAUCAGAUUAACAAGGGAUGACCUCAUUUGUUUUUAUAUGAAUGCACUCAUUGUAAUACUUGCUCAUUGUUACAGUAGCAGCCAAUUACAGGGACGUGUACUGUAUAAGCAAAUGCUGAUGUUGAUUUAAGGUGACCUUCUGUCUGUGGGACUCAUGACUGGAUAAAAAAGUAUGUGUUCUUUAAUUAAUGAACCAAAUGAAUACAAUUAUGCCUAACUGAUUUUUCUAUAAACAGCUUACCCUGUCAUGUUUAACCUCUUAUAAUGUUCAACGAUCUAUAUUUUUAAUGCAGAGUAUGAAAAAUGUUCUUGAUUUCAAUUGUAUUUAAUGGAUGAGGCAAAUAAAUCAAUAAAGCAGUUGAAGGAGUCAAAAACUGUUUAAUUAAACCUGA